CCGACGAUUAUAUUAUUACUAAUAUUAUUAUUGUUCAGCUUCAUUCGACAGUAAACGCGUUCAGUAAAUGUGUGGAGACGCGCUGAAAUGAGCCUAAAGCGGAAAAGCAGCGGAUCGGAGCGGAGGACGCUGACACACAGAGAUUACAGGAUCAUCAAGAAGAUCGGAGAGGGGACGUUCUCUGAGGUCAUGAAGGUCCAGAGUCUGAAGGACGGCAAACAUUACGCCUGUAAGACCAUGAAACAGACCAUCCCGAGUGUGGAUCAGGCUCACGGUCUCAGGGAGGUUCAAGCCAUGAAGCGUUUGAGUCCGCAUCCCAACAUCCUCCAGCUUCACGAACUCGUUUACGAUAAAGACUCGGGGACGCUGUCGCUCAUCUGUGAGCUCAUGGAGAUGAACAUAUACGAGUUCAUUAAAGGCCGUCAGUGUCCUCUAGCAGAGAGUAAAGUCAAACACUACAUGUUCCAGCUCUGCCGCUCGCUGGAUCACAUGCACAGUCAUGGCAUUUUCCACAGAGACGUGAAGCCGGAGAACAUCCUGAUCAAGAACGAUGUGCUGAAGCUGGCAGACUUCGGUUCCUGCAGGAGCAUCUUCUCCAGGCCUCCUCACACCGAGUACAUCUCCACCCGCUGGUACCGAGCGCCCGAGUGCCUGCUGACCGACGGACACUACUCACAGAAGAUGGACAUGUGGAGCGCAGGAUGCGUCUUCUUCGAGAUCCUCAGUCUGAGCCCUUUAUUCCCCGGCCGAAACGAGCUAGACCAGGUCAACAAGAUCCACGAGGUUCUGGGCACGCCGGACAUCACGCUGCUGCAGAAGUUCAAACAGUCUCGUGCGAUGCGCUUCGAUUUCCCUCCACGUAAAGGCUGUGGGAUCUCUCAGCUGAUCCCUCACUGCUCCACGGCGGCUCUGUCUCUGCUGCACCUGAUGCUGACCUACGACCCCGAGGAGCGCAUCAGUGCCCGAGCAGCGCUGCAGCACACCUGCUUCAGAGAGCUGCGGAUGGCCGAGAGGAAAGCAGCGAGUCUGCGGAAGGCCAUCGGAGCCGUGGAGGGAGAGUCCAGCGGGAUUCCUGCAUCCGUGGAUCAGCUGUGGCGCAUCGCACGCCAGGGACGGCGACAGCAUCUGAAGCACGCCGGCGAGCCGCUCAGUCGACGAAACGCCUCACACUUCCCUCUGGAGCUACCCAAACUCAACAUGGUGAUCCCGACACCGAAGAUCCCUUACCCGGUGCCCAGCUUCCCAGCCCUGAGCGUCUCGCAUCGCGGCUCUCUGCCUGCCAUCUCCAAGAAGUGCCACUCGCGUCUGACCAAACCCAAAGAAGAGCCACGCCAUUUCAAGAGCUACUACAUGCCUCCACUGGAGCGCAACCCAGACGAGUACCGAUGAGUACCAGACGAGUACCGAUGCCACCGACCCGCGUCUGAGUCUGUGCACAGCAGUCAACACUUCACAUUACAAAAUAAAGGAUUUUGCACACACAGAAACAUGCCGUUUUCAAACCGAUACGCGCUGACUUAUGCAUGGGUUUAUUGGCUGAUCGAUUCAGAGCGUCCCGAGACAUAUCGUCUCAAAUCAGAUGAUGUAAGCGCAUUUUAUUUCUUUCAGAUUCUUGAAAGCAGACUCACUGAGAUCAUUUAACCCAAACCAGACGAUCUCAGAGACAGCAAGUGCCAUUCGUUCCUCAAAGAUCUCUGUGCCGCUUGUUCCUGGUGUUAUUACACAUUUUAUAUUUGCACAGAUGUUUCAUGAAUAUUAUAAACAGGAUUGCUGGUUUGCUAUUAUUGGGAGUUGGACUUUUCACUUCUUCAAUAAAGGGGUUUUACUUUA